AUGCGGCUUAUUGAUGUCCGCACGAUUGAGCUCCAAUUGUUUAAUGAUAAUGAUAUACCCGAGUAUGCCAUCUUGUCACAUACCUGGGGCACAGAUGAGGUGAGCUACCAGGAAUUAGUUUGGAUCAACCGCAUCAAGGCAUUUUCAGCAAGCUAUGACACACCAUCCUCUUCUGUUGCAUCGCUCAGCAACCAAGAUGAUCAAUCGUCGCUUAUGUUGACCGCUAUGGAGACCAUGCUGAGAAGCAGUACGAGCUUCGCGACGAACGUCAGUGGGGUCAAGGAGGAUGAUCUAUUGAAGAGACAAGGAUAUUCCAAGAUUGUGAAUGUAGCAAGGGAAGCAAAGAGCUUGGGCUUCAAGUACGUCUGGAUCGACACUUGUUGCAUUGACAAAUCCUCAAGUGCUGAAUUGCAGGAAGCGAUCAAUUCCAUGUAUCGAUGGUAUCGGGAUGCUGAAGUCUGCAUUGUUUAUCUAGAAGACAUCUGGCCUUCCAAGAUCGAAACAGGAAAAUUUCGCACGGCGUCUGAGAUUGCCAGGAACGCUUUCGAGACCAGUCGCUGGACGAAGCGUGGAUGGACACUACAAGAGCUACUUGCUCCUGCAGUUUGUCGCUUCCACCUUCGCGACUGGCAGCUUUUGGGAGAGAAAAUCGAGUUUCUCCAAGAACUCUCACUGGCCACUGGUAUCCCAGUUUACGUACUCGAGGAGCGUCGCUCAGUCAGCGAAGUCUCAGUUGCUGAGCGCAUGUCCUGGGCCGCCCACCGUCUGACUACCCGUGUCGAAGAUCUUGCAUAUUGCCUCCUUGGCCUCUUCGACAUUCAAAUGCCCUUACUUUAUGGCGAAGGAAACAAGGCCUUCAUUCGGCUCCAGGAGGAGAUCCUCAAGACAACAGAUGACUAUUCUCUCUUCGCCUGGCGCGCCCUGGACUGCACUCCCUCGACUUACCGCGGCCUACUCGCCCGCUCUCCCCUCGAAUUUCGUGACUGCAAAUCCUUAGAGCGGGAGGACAGCAUCUCAGUAUUUCCUGUUAACCUCACACCUAUCGGUCUGCAUAUCCAACUCGAGUUCCUUGCCAACCCGCACGACAAAACCCGCAUCCUCGCACUAGUCCGUGCCAGCAACUCGCUCAACCAGCGUCUAGCUAUCUCUUUGAAAUGUCUAGACGGUCUCGCACAGUACGCACGAGUCGAUGCCGGUACCCUCACUUCCAUCGACGACUGGCCCACAGGACAGCUCCAAACCAUUUACGUCCGGCAAAACCCCUCCAUCCCGCCAGACUUCACAACGCCCGAGUUCUCCUGCUUCCACGUCCGACGCCACUUCGGGAACCAAACCAUCCCACCCGUGCGCAUCAUAUCUGCGUUUCCGCAAGAGCUGUGGGAUGGAGAUACGCACGAACUGCAUAUUCCUACGUCGGCACCCAAGGCGUUUGGGGUCUUGUUGUUGCGGGUGCAGAGCCAUACAUAUGCGCAAUCGCUAUCGUUUCCUGUGGCAUUUGGUUUUGAUAGAGCGACGUGUCAUUACUGGAUCAAAGCGAUUCCGGAUUACGUUGCGCCAAAGGGGCUGGGUACGAGAGGGGCGUGGCAGGCGGUGUUGAGGAGAGAUUAUAUCCCGGAUGAGUGUUAUGACGCGCGCAGGGGAGGUGAUGUGAGACGUGAUAUAUUCGUCAUUGGGGACAGUGGAGUGGGGAUUGGUGUUCGUAUCAAGGCAGGGUUGGUUGGGGAUAGGGUUGCAUUGCUAGUCAGUGUUGAUGGAUUGGUAAGGUGGCAUUGA